CCCGGAAGCUCCUCAGCAGCAGCGGAGAUGGUGAGGUUUAAGAACAGGUAUUUCCUCUGUGAGAUCAUCUCUGAAGACCCCCGCUGUCGACAGCUCAUUGAGGAGCGAACCGUUCACAGUACAGUGAAGAAUGUUGUUGCACGAAUGCAUGGAGACUUUGGGCUAGCGUGUUGCUCCAUUGCUUUUGCAGUAAAAUACCUUAAUGCCUACACGGGAGUAGUUCUGCUGUGUUGCCGGAAGGACUUUUAUCGGCUCCUCUGGUCAUCACUUCCCUUUAUCACUCACAUGGAGAACAAGAACCAACGUUAUCCCUGUUCUUUUAACACGAUACAUGUUGGAGCUACAAUUCGCACGUGUCAAAAAUUCCUGAUUCAAUACAACAGAGAUCAGCUGCUGUUGCUACUGCGCAACUGCACCAGUGAAGCCGAUAGACAAGCCAUCCAGGAGUCAGUGCAGAGCUGUGCACUUGUGGGAGAGCAGCCACUACAGAGUAAAGAUGAAGACAGUGAUGAUAGCAUGGAGAUGGCCUGACCAAGAGCACACCAGAGACUCUUGUGUGAGGAAUAAGCCUGUUCACAUGAUGCUUGCUGGCAAGGAUCAACACAUCUUCCCUCUCCCUUUUUUAGGUGGCAGUAAAAUUAGGAAAAUCAAAAGUGUUUGUACAUCCCAUUUAGGCUUGAAAGUAACAAUGAUAAAAUAAAACACUACCAUUUAAUAACAUUUUCUGGUACCUAAGGAACAGUGCAACUAGUCUGUUUCUCACCGUGUGCUUUAUAUUUUAGCAAAACUGCAUUCCCCCCCCCACCCCAAUUACAUGUGUUGUAUAUAGAACAUGGUUGAGACUCUGCUUUCCUAUGAAGGGCUGUUGAUCCGCAGGGACUACAGCUGAUGGAGGGUGGAGUUUGCAUCGUUGCAGGAUGUCCUCUUGCCACCCAAUCCAUUCUCUACCUCUCCUACACACACACAGAGGAAGUUAUUUUCAGAGGUGUGCGUCUGGAGAGUAUGAGUAAGUCCACAGCAUCCAGCAAACUGGAUGGUGAUGAGGGCUGCAGGUUUCUCCAUCCUCAUAAUGGAGAAACCAUUAUGUGAUGGUUCACAUAAUUUGUGAACCGCCCAGAGAGCUUCGGCUAUUGGGCGGUAUAAAAAUGUAAUAAAUAAAUAAAUAAUAGUUUCAGAAGCAAUUUUGAUAUAGAAAGCUGCUGCUCCCACACAGUGACUGGGUUCAGACCCAUAGUGGUUUAAAUAGUUGAUGGUUGGUUAUUUAACCCACCAUGGGUUAUCAUGUUUUGUGGAGGGAGUUUUUUAACCAAUGGUUAGUUAUUUGGCCAAAAUAACCACUACUGUGUAGAGUUGGUUAUUUGAACCACCAUUGGUUAUCGUGCUGUGUGGAGGGCACCACCGGUUACUUCAUUGGCCACCAUUGGUUAUUUCAUCAGUCACAAGGCAAGAGUGGUCAAAUCAAUGGCUGCUGCUCUAGUCCAGCUGGCAGGACAGAUUUUCAGCAGCAAUGAUUGAUGGGAUGAGGGGGGAGAGAGGGCAGGGGAUGAGCGAGUCAAGUCAGCAUGGACGAAUCAUCAACUAAGCACUGAUCCUAAUCCACACCAUGGUUGAUUAUUGCCAUGUUGUGUGGGGAGUACCCCCUAGAUAAAUAACUGUUGAGUUAUUUCCCCACUGUUGACUAUUGUGUUGUCUGAACACAGCCAGUAUAUGUUGAUCUUUCUCUUAAUGUCAUCCCUAAUCACAAGCUAGCUGAAACAGAACAACAGCAAAUACAAAUGUUCCCACCCUUUAUCUAAAGAGCUGAGAGAUAUCCAUAGCAAAGUGGUUAAACCAGUAUUUUUGACCGAAUCAUUUACUUUAGGUUAAAAGCAUGGACAUGCAGUGGAUAGUAAACUUAAUAAAUGAAAAUGAUCUAGUUUGUUUUUACCUGGUCUUGGUAAUUUUUAUUUGUGUUUAGUGGUUUUAAAUUGUUUUAAAUCUUUGUAUCUUUUAUGCCCUUGCUGUAAGACGCCUUGAGUCUUUUUCAGAGAAAGGCAUCCAAUAAAUUAAUGAAAAUAA